AUGUGCGCAAUGUUCACGAAUGGGAAUAGGAAUAGACCGUCACUUCUCCUUUUCUUUGUGCUAUACAUAUUAGCGCUCUCCGGUGUGAUAUGCCUUGCAAGCGCGGCCUUGGGAAACGAUACCCUCCCUCUCCCUCAGCAGCCAACCGUGGCCUUGAACACCGACCAGAAGCCUAUUCGUCUCCCCAGCGAAACGGCGACACCAGAGCCAGAAAUAUUGCCAGCUUUCCUCGAUGCGCUGGACGUAUUGCAGACCAACUUCUUUGAGCCAUGGCAAGGCAUCUGGCCUACUGCAAUUGACUGGACGGCGGCUGUUUUAGGUACCUAUGUUUCCGCGGCGCUCACGACUAUCUCCAAAUCUUCUAAAGGCAAAUCCAACUUGAACGAGAACCUCAUCAAUCGAUACUUCUCCCAACUGGUUGCCUCCUAUUUUGGACAAGAUACGUUCGCAUUGCGACAGGAAGCAUACGACGACAUGCUGUGGGUAGUUCUGGGAUGGCUCGAGAGCAUCAAGUUCAUCAAUGUACACUCAGCCCUCCACUACUCCACCGAGCCUUGGUACGGCACGAUGUGGACUCCGGUCUUUGCACACCGCGCGCGGUUGUUCUGGGAUUUGGCAUCGCGAGGCUGGAAUACGUCGCUCUGCAGCGGUGGCAUGAUUUGGUCACCCUAUCUGGAGCCUUAUAAAAAUGCGAUUACGAAUGAACUGUAUGUUACAGCGUCUAUAUCAAUGUACCUAUUCUUCCCUGGCGACAACAAUACCGCUCCUUUCGCCGUACCACCUGUCCCUUCCCCGGCGCCAACAGGGAAUCCCCCGGGACGCCCCCGUGAUCCGAAAUACCUCGCAGCGGCCAUCAAAGGCUACAAAUGGCUCAAAGAUAGUAAUAUGACGGACUUGAAUGGGCUAUAUGUUGAUGGAUAUCACGUUUCAGGCUGGAAAAAGAACAGUACAACGGGAAAUACCCGCUGCGAUAUGCGAAACGAGAUGGUAUACACGUACAACCAAGGCGUUCUACUUUCUGGCCAAAGAGGACUUUACGAAGCAACUGGCUCAGAGUCGUACCUGAAGGAUGGUCAUGCACUUGUCAGGAAUGUCAUAGCUGCUACCGGGUGGGAUUUGAAGUCACAGUCUCAUCGCCACGGUAAGAGUGAUGGAAGCGCAAUACGGCAGGGAUUGGGCAAAUGGUACGGCCUCGGCAGACAGGGUGUCCUCGAGGAGGCGUGCGAUGCCUCUGGGUCCUGUUCCCAAGAUGGCCAGACCUUCAAGGGGAUUUUCUUUCACCACCUCGCUCUCCUGUGCGCGCAGCUUCCUGAUAGACUUACUUUGCUCGAUGAAGGCUUUGCCUCGUCCGCCUAUCAGACGGCCGCGCAAGAUAUAGGUGUUAACGAAAAGGUGAGGAAUUAUCAUUCGGAGCAAUGUGACCGUUAUGGCCCCUGGAUAAAGCAUAACGCAAAAUCUGCACUCCAUACACGUAACGAAAUAGGGGAAUUCGGCAUGUGGUGGAAUGCAUUGCGGGGUGAUAGGUUUAGAGACGGGGACGAUAUGGUGCAACUUCCAGAUGAUGCGGUUGAUUACAGAAACUUAGGGGUCCCGGAUGACUGGAAAGGCAGCGCCGUUGGGAAGAAGAUAGAAAACAUGAUCUCGGCUAGUGUGGUGAGUUUGGAGCAUUCGGAAGAGGUUAUGGGCGGUGAACAGGAUACAUUUAACGAGGAAAGGGGCGUUGGUGUUCUGGACUUAAAUGAUAGAGGGAGAGGGAGGACCGUCGAGACACAGGGCGGUGGUCUGUCAGUUUUAAGGGCGUUAUGGGAGGUUGUAGAUAGGAAAGGGCGAUAA